UUAUUACAAACAUUUUAACAAGGUCAAGCAAAGAGAGAGAUGGAUGACAAGCCAGUAGUUUGCUUUUUGCAACCAAAUUUUAUUGAAGAAGUGAAGAAGCAAGAAAGCCCUUGUAUUCAAGUGUCGGUAUUUGACGACGCGACUGUGUUUCAUAUUCGUGUACAUUCAACUACACACAACGGCGAGACAAAUGGAUACAGUUCAGAAAUCGACAACACCAAAACGAAAGUCCUUUUGAAGAUUUUUGCCGACGAAGAUAGCCUAGAUGACAAUGACAAAAUAAAAUCAGCAGUAUCGGAGUACUUCGACGAAGAAAAAAGCUCAAAAUCAGAACUUUUGUUGAUGAUUGGGAAAAUUUCGAACGCCCAAAAGGAAAAUGAAAAUAGCAUAAAGGUAUAUUUACGUAACAUGGAGUACAGCGAAGCAGUGGAGUGUGACAUCCUACUACAACCUUCAAAGGAGUUACUCUACUCCCGCAGUAAAGGCAUCCUUGAAUCUCGAUUACUUGAAAAACGUAAAGUGGCUAUUGUCGGUUUGGGAAGUGGAGGGUCGUUCAUUGCAGUAGAAUUGGCAAAAGCAGGCGUUGGGAACUUUGUAUUGAUCGACUUCGAUCGUAUCGAGUUGAAUAACAUUGCAAGACACGUAUGUGGUCUUAGGGAUCUGGGUCGGCUUAAAACAAAUGUCCUUCGUGAAAUGCUAUUGAAUAAAAACCCUUUUAUCAACAUUGACACUCAUGCUACUGACAUCAACAACAUCCACGAGGCUAGAAAGAUCCUCAAAGAAUGCGAUCUUGUAAUCGCCGCGACUGACAACGUCCGCAGUCGGCUUAAUAUCAACAGCAUUGCCAUUGAGUACAAGAUUCCUACAAUCUUCGGAAAGUGUUCGGUGCGUGCCGCAGGUGGCGAGGUACUCCGUGUUCGACCGAAUGACGGACCUUGUUUUAGCUGUGUGUUCAGCAACCAAAGUUUCGAAGCUAGCCGAGAAGAGGUGUCUACUUAUCGUCAAGCGAGGGCAGCACAACCAUCCUACGUCAGCAACGAAGACGUGGAGACAACAAUACAAGUUGGACUUUCGUCAGACAUCAUACCAAUUGGCACAAUGAUAGUGAAGGUUGCGUUGGUAGAGUUAUGUCGUGGUAAGGACAGCGCUUUGGCCACUUUAGAGAAAGAUCUAAGUGCACCCUAUUAUCGCUGGGCCAAUCGACGCGAGCAAGAGUUCACUGCUUAUCCUGAGGAUGGCUUUGCUUGCUUCAACAAGCCUUCCAUACUGAGAUGGUAUCCGGUCGAGUUUGAAAGAAAGAAGGAUUGUGCUGCUUGCAGGGAACUACCCAAUAUAUCGGAAGAAGAUCUUGACUUUUUUAACUCUCCUAAAACUGACAAACCAUAACAGUUAGACAGUACGAUAAUAUCCUAGUAAACUAUAUUGAAACUUCCGCACAAAAAUCAACAAACACUAGUGAAAGCACAACUUCUUGAGAAUAAUUUCACGAAGUUAAGCACCUUAAUGAAAGCUACUGCAUAGCAUAACAAUAUAUUUCAGCACAAAUUAUCCAACUGAAUUAACGUUCUUGGUUUCGCUUUAUGUACAUACUUAUGAAAUUGCUUGCGUGCAGAUAAAAAAUUUUAACGAUCAUUUUAUCCAACGUACUUACUUUCAUCACCUGGAACUCGACAAUUUCAACGAAACUAUUUAAAUUUACGAGGAUCUGAUAAACGAACUGUAAGAAUGUAGAACAGCGAUGGUAGAAAGACGAGCAGAAACUGGAGACAUUCACUUUCGGCAGUGACCAUUGCGUCAUGGCAACUAGCGGGAAGAUGUGCAGGAACCAAUGACAAAGAAGGAUCACAAUGAAGUUAUCUCGAUGUCUAGUCUUUCUCGUUGACUCUGUGAUCAAGGCAUUGUAGUAUAGAAAGCUAAAGUAUUAGAACGUGCCACAAACUUUAAGAUUCAGCUCCAUUAAGCUCGUUCAACUGAUAAAUCUUUGCGCAUUCGCAGUGCAAGUCAUGUCUUGAAACGUUUAAACAAAGAGAUUUUGUUACGAGAUUUUUUUCUUAAAAGUUUCAAGUUAUAUUAUGCAGUUUAGCUGUACGAUUAUAGCAACAGAGAGUUUGAAUUAUUGCUUAAAGUAAAACAAAGUUGUAGUUAAAAAAUAAAGU